AUGUCGAUCAUGAACUCCUUCGUGAACGACAUCUUUGAGCGAAUUGCGGCCGAGUCGAGCCGGUUGGCGCAUUACAAUAAGAAGUCGACCAUCACGAGCAGAGAGAUUCAGACUGCUGUGCGUCUGCUGUUGCCGGGUGAGUUAGCGAAGCACGCCGUGUCGGAGGGCACGAAGGCCGUGACCAAGUACACCGGCUCCAACCUCAUUGUCGGGCCACUUGCCAGGCGCCAGGAUUGGUGGCGGUGGUAA